UAUUAGAAGAUCUAUUUAAAUCACUAAUCCGAUAAGAAGUACCAUUAAAAAUAAUUAAAAUAGAAUCUAAUCGAUCAUCAAUACAUCAAGACCAAAGAAAGAUAAAUGGAACAUAGUCAUAAAGAAUUAAACAUAUUACAGUAACUAAAGAGAAUUUAGAACGAAAAUAGAACAAAAGUAACCAAGAAAAUUAUACAACAUCCAGAUGAUGUACGAGAUUUAAAUAUAACAUCCUCAUAUUAUUUAUAUCGAUAUAGAAUUAAUAUGAUAUAUUUGCUUAAGCAAAUUAUUCAAUUAUUAUAACACAUAAUGGUAAUUUAAAUACUUAUAAUGAUAAUUGAUUCUACAUUUCCUAUUAAAAAUUGGUUUUGUAUAAAAAUCUUCAAAAAAAAAAAAUAAUAAUUCAAUUUUUAGAAAACAUAAUGAUAAUUGAAAAUACUUAUAAUGAUAAUUGAUUUUAAAUUUUCUAUUUAAAAAUUAAUUUGGUAUCAAGUUUUCAAAAGAAGAUACCAAUUAAGUAAUAAAAAUUGAUGUUUUUAUAAGUCAAAAUGAUUUUUAACAAUAAGAAAAGUAGAAAGACCAAUUAAGGAAUUUAGAAAAUAGAAUAUUUCAAGAAUAUUCUGUUAACUUUAACGGAAUACACUUAACAUUAAACUUAAGUGGUACCGGGUGCACAAAUAAUAGAGUUCAGUAGUACCCGAUUGCCUAUUUUUCCCUCCUUCCGAAAAAAAACCUAGAUCGACAACCGGCAAAUCCGACUUCUUCGUCGGAGUGUGAAAAUCAACCAGUUCCUCAUUCGUAGCCGCCGCAAAAUCAACGAGGACGAACUCCAAAGUCGCGUCUACCCCGAAAAUCUUAACCCGGCUGAUCUGAAAUCGUGGUCGAAAAGCACGUACGACGAACAUCUUCAACCCGCCAAACAGAGGCGAGGACUUCACAUCCAGCAGCUCUCUUGAGCAUCUCCGUUGUCCUUGAUCGGAAACAUGCAGCAGCAGUUUCUUCACAGUUUACACAGUCUGGCCAAAGUACAAAGGACGAACAUACGACCCACCUAGGUACAAAGAAAAGAAAAAACGUGAUGGUAGGUGAGUGUGGGUGGUAGAUAGGCUGGCUAUUUGGUCCCGGACUGUUUGGUUUUACCCGAAACCGGACCGUAUAACCCGGACUAGACUGGGACCGGACAACAAACAAUGCAAUCUCAUAUUCAGGCUUAGAUUUGAGGUAAAAAACGGAUAAAGACCGGAUAAAAGACCCCCCAACACCUAAAAUCAAGAUAAAAUUGGGAUUAGAUCAAAACCGGACUGUAUCCAAUCCAAUAUUUGGUCCUAAUAUUCCCGAAAAAACCGGACUGAGACCGGAUCAAUUUGGUCCACUUUAACCGGAUCGAACCGUAUAGCCACCUUUAGUGGUAAAUACAUACAACACACCCAAAUACUCAAUGGUUUCCCCUGCCGACUCCAACUACCAUCCGUAUAUCAGUCAUUUCACACUCACAUAGCAUAAAUGACAGUAAAAAUAAAGAAGAGGACAAACUCCCUCUAUCUCUCUGCUUUCUCUCCUCUCUCUGUUUUCUGUGGGCUCUGUUUUUAUACAUAUAUAUGUGGACAAAUUGCAGGUGGUAGAUGGAGGAUUCGCAUCCAACCCUCAUCACCACUAGCUAGUAUAGGUACGUACCGUACAUGGGUUCUCAUCAUCACCAACAACAGAGUGUGGUAGCAGCAGCUUGAUGGAGGAGGAUCAUGGUGAUGAGAAAAUAAGGAAGAUCAAGAACAGGGGGAGCUUGGAAGAUGAAGAUCGUGGGGAUUCAGAGGAAUUAACUUCUUCUUUCCAGCGACGAGGAGGAGGAGGAGGAAAAGAGGGAGGAGAGGAAGAUGAUCAUGGUGAGAGGAGAGCUCGUCCAUCUCACUGUCGAGGUUUGGAGCAAGCCAAUAAGCCUGGAAGAAUGGGAUCUGAAUGGCUGCGAACGAGCCGUCUCAUUUCAUACUUAGCUGAAAUGAUGUAUUUUGCAGCUGAACUCUGGAAUCACAUUGGCAAGUUCAAUACAGAUGGGUGAAGAUUCAAUUCAAUCAAGGGUAGUUAGCUGUGGAAUUGAAGGGUGCUCUCUCUCUCUCUCUCUCUCUCUCUCUCCUCUACAUUCACACUCCGCUAGCCACUAUUAUUGAAACAGAGGCAAACCUUUUAUUACAUUUAGGUAAUGCAAUCAGUUAUAGGCAGAGGCUGCCAACAAUAAUAGGUUCUGCAGAUUUUUUGUUUUUGGCUUUUUACUCUCUUAUGCUGUUUUCUUACAUUGCCCUUGUUAUGGCUUCCUCUGCUUCCAAUGAGAGAAUGAAAGUGCUGAUCAGGUGGUUACAUCAAUGAAGGAGAAGGAUCAAAUGAGUCUUCAAAUCACAACAUUGAAGCAAGAACUCGAAUAAGACCAGAAAAGGGCACGGCGAUGAUACGGCUAGAUUGAUGAAGGAGAAAGACCAAAUGAGUGUUCAGCAUCGAUUUGGAACGGUGAGUUACUACUGCAUUCAUCCACCUCGGAUCAAUUUUUUCCCUUUGUUGUGUUUAUCAACUGCAACAUACUCAGAAAACCAUGAUUAUUCUAUUGAUGGAGAAUGAUAUGAUAUUGGUUUCAGUUAUGAAAUAUGAAUCAAUGUCAUGUUCUUAUAAGUGGCAGAACUAGAAUCUCGACCUAAUGGACCACACAACGGAGAAGAUUGACAAGAGACGAUGGAAUCACAGCUACCGUUGGAAUCGGGGAUAGUGAAUGGAGUGCGGGUUUAAGAACUUUCUGUCUGGUGAGUCGAACUUUCUCCUCGAAUUGACAUGGUGCUUAAGAACCUGUUUCUGAAAGUCGUUUAGAGUUGUUGUUUUCCCCCUUUUUCGUUACGCUUGAUCGGAAAUGCUAAGCUUGUAAUGACACUACUUUUAAUCGUUUUUCCAUAUGCGUGCUUGUUCUCUUUUCCAUCUCUAACAGGUUUUUUCGUGAAAGAAAGAGGCUAUUGUUUGUAGGACCUCAACAAUUUAACGGGUAGGCUUUUUCUCAUUCACGAAUUGUUUGAUUAUUGCAUCAUUUUGAUUUCAUAUCCUUUGAAAGGCAUAAAAUAUGAAACUAUUUGAGAAGGAAACAGGCCAGAGUGAUGACGAGUUUUCAUUCAAGUUAGCUAUUCAAGUUAGUUAACCUGCUUCCGUAUCCACGCAAGAAUUACCCACCUCAAUUCGUGCUUGAUGCGGGGUGGAUAUGACUAUUGAGGUAUCCGUUCCCGCCUCAUUGUCAUCACUACGUAUAACAAAACAAUGACCCCUACACUAAAUGAGAAGAGGAAGAAGAGAAGUAUUUGUGGCAUUCUCUCUUUCCACGGCCAAACAAUGGCAUGUGCGUUGAAGUGAAUGGAAAUAUGGACAAGCCACACUUUCAUUAGCUCAUUGACAACAUCUCUACCAAACUAUGUACGAACCGUCUAACCCAUCAACCAAACUCCCUUAUCAUCUACUUUCCGUUUCUUGUCAUGUUCUACAUUUCUUAAAAUAACAAAUGAGAUAAUUUGAAAUUGAUACACUUGUCUCAAUUAUGCUAUCCUUUAGUCACAGCCAUACCUACCAAUUAUCAUAUGAUGAGUUGGUCACAAAAAAAAAAAACCAUUGUGGAAUAUCCAUCCCGCUUGCAAUUGCCUAUAUAAACAACUCCCUCUGCAAUUGCUUUGUUCACUACACCCAAGUAGCCAUAACAAUUAACAAACAACUACCUCCCCCCACAACCAUUUUGUUCCCUCCGCCCAAGUAAUCAUAACAAACAACUUCCUCCAUCCAAGUAUCUAUAACGAAAAGUAAAAGAAGAACUAAAACGGCCAAGUACUGUGUUUUCAUUGAACUGGUGUUCCUUCUCCUUCUUUGUUAUGUAUGUCGAGAAACAACAGGAAGAAGCAUGCCAGAGAACGAGUUACGAGUGAAAAAGAAGAUCUCUGACUCAUCAGAGAAGACAAGAUGGUUUUCUAAAUACUUUGAGCCCAAAGGCAUGGUUUUCUUUAAUACUCAGAGGUCUUCUUGAUCACUCGUAACUCGUCCUCUGGCACGCUUCUUUCGGUUGCUUCCCGACAUGCAUAACAAAGAAGGAGAAGGAACCAUAGUUCAAUGAAAGCAGAGGAUUUGG